AUGGAGACAUCCCCUGGAUUUUAUUUGGCCUCGGAUUUCGAUUUCCCCGGUGAAAAAGACGCAUGGGAUAACAUGCUAAAGGAUCUACUAGAAGAAUUAAUGAGUAGAGCAGCUUCGGGUGGGUCGAGGAAGAAGUUCGCCGUCUCAAAAAAGAGUGGCCCCUCGCUUCAGACGUUGUACGGUCUAAUGCAGUGCACGCCCGAUAUUUCGGAACGUGACUGCAUUGACUGUCUUACGAGGAAUAUAGGUCGUAUUCCGAUUCGUUGUAAUACAAAAAUGGGUUGCGAGCAGGUGAGCGUCAGCUGCGGUUUGAGGUACCAUACCUCACGGUUCUAUGAUCUGACAGCCGAGGAGCCAUCUCGGGCCACACCGCCAGCCCAUCUUCCAUCUCCCCCUCCUCCUCCUUCGAAUGAGAGAGUGAGAGAGGAAAAAGGUUUUGUUAUAGAUGACACUAAAGGUGUGGUCUUUAUAGUUAUGAUUGUUAUUGGCGGUGUUGUCAUAUUGAUCGCAUCAUGCCUUGUUAUUGUCUUGAUUCUAAGGAAAAAGAAGCACAACCACCAAAACGAAAUGAGGAAAGAUUCCUUAAAAUUUGAAUUCAGUGCAGUAAGAAGUGCAACCAACAAUUUCUCACCUAAAAAUGAACUCGGAGAAGGUGGAUUUGGGAAAGUUUAUAAGGGUGUACUUAAUGGACAAGAAGUAGCAGUGAAAAGGUUGUCCGAUAAUGCACAACAAGGCGAAAUUCAGUUUAAAAACGAGGUUUUGUCCAUGGCAAACCUUUCACACCGUAAUCUUGUCAGACUUGUUGGCUUCUCAGUUGAGAACAAUGAAAGGGCUCUCAUCUAUGAGUACCUACCCAACCGAAGUCUCGACAACUUCAUCUUCGAUAAGGUGUUGGGAUGGUCAACACGCUACGGAAUCAUAGAAGGUGUUGCCCGAGGAAUUCUUUACCUUCAUCAAGAUUGCCAUGCACAUAUAAUUCACCGCGAUCUUAAACCAGGAAAUGUAUUGCUAGACAAGGAUAUGACACCAAAAAUAUCUGACUUUGGUUUGGCUAAGUUGUUCGAUGAGAGCCAAAUAAGCAAACAGUUUACGAAAAACAUCAUGGCGACUGAAGGCUAUAUUGCUCCAGAGUUUCGUAACGAAGGACAAAUCUCGUUUAAGACAGAUGUUUAUAGUUUUGGUGUGUUGGUUCUUGAAAUCUUGAGUGGUAAGCGUAUGUGGAAUUCGAAAAUGGGAGAGAGAGGGGAAGAUCUUAUAACCUAUGCAAAGAGGAUGUACAAGGAGAAAAAACCACUGAAACCAGAGGACUUAAACUUAGAAAUACGUGAUAGGGAAGAUAUCUUGAUUUGCAUUAGCAUUGGUCUAGGAUGUGUUGAAUAUAAUCCUUCAGACAGACCAAAAAUGAGGAACGUCGGACAAAUGCUAGAAAAAACCAACCGCUCUCAGGCAUCAUCGUAUCUGAGAUCAGACAAAGGAAGAAAAUCAAGAGUACAUGUUUGA